CAAAGGAUUAACCUAAACGCUGUGUCGGAGGGUUUGACCAGGCUGAUCGAGUUACCAGGACACGGCGCAAUGCGGUGGUCGGCUAUCUGCAUUCUGAUGCUGGCGAUCAGCGAACCUCUACUCGUUUAUGCGGCCAAGGUGGUGGUGGUGGUUCCCCAGCAAAUAAGACGCAGUCCAGCGCCAUCUUGGCGUUCUGGAGCGCCAAGAUACAGGAAGUCAUCUCACGGUGGCGAAUUCCACCCCAGAUAUCACGGACCCAUUGGUCAAUAUCACGUCAAGAAAUCCAUCUAUCCGAGUCCUCCCUAUCCUCACGGAGGAGACGACUUUGACCAGGGUCACGAAACCGUGAACCACGUGCGAUUACCAUACGGGAAGGAUGUCAGUCACGCCAUAACCUUCGGCAAGGGGUACAUCCCGUACGAUCACAUUAAGGGCAGCUUCUCGUUUGGACGUGAAAGGUACCCAGGACCUCCAGAUCACGAGCAAUCCGAACCAGUCUACGCCCCGACUUCGUACUACUCCUCAGGCCCCGAGUACACCCCAGGACAAAUGUACGAGUCCUCCCACGCGGAAGCGUUCUACAGCGACCCAGAGAGCGCCAUGAGCUACAACGAUAAAAGGAACGAUCGCAAGAGGUUCUACUCUGCCAGGUCCAUCGAGAAAGACGUGACAGCGAACAAUCCCCUGGACUACGCCUCAGCCCUGAACCAGGAGAAGGAACAGCUCCUGCGUUUGCAGUUGAAGGCUGCAGACUUCUACAAGACCGUGUCCUUACAGCAGCAACCGCAGCAGCAGCUGCAACUGCAACCUCAAUCACAGCCACAACCACAGCCUCAAGGCAACGUGGUGUGGGCGUCCAAUAUCCCCUCGCCUACCAUAGGCGGAAGCAAGGAGGGAAUCGUUAUCAAGGACACGGUCUCCUUGGAAGAGUACCAACAGAAGCUCCAAGAGAUGACCAAGUCGUGGCCUCAGUACCUGGCGAACGGAGGGACCGCUUUGACCGGCGGUUAUCAGACCCAACAGGUCCCAACGACCUUUCCAGCUGCUGGUCAGCAGACCUCCUUCACUGGGUCCAUCAACUGGCCGGUGAACGUCGCUCAGUCGAAGCAGGGAUACGCUGUGAAGGAGGACACCAACGAACCCCCUCCCGACUUCAGGUCCAUGCCCGUUCAGGCCAACGUGUUCCAGGCGUUCCCUGUGUCCACGAACAACAUCCUUCCGACUGUGACGCAGACGGUCCAUGGGUAGACUUCGAUAGGAUUAGGUUUGAACAGGAAUGGGGAACCUGAAAAGACCUUGGAAUUCUUAGGUGCUUGUUUCGAAGAUUUGGUAGAUGUUCAUGUCAGUAGAAGUGGAUUGGGAAUGUAAAUUAUUGCUAGAGAAUAGAAUUAUUGUUAGAGAUUUUCCUAGAAAUUUUAUAUUUACUGAAACAAUCUGCUUUGACUGUAACUCUGCUUGAUUUUUAAACAUUGGAUAGUAGAAUAUCUAUUAAAAAAUUAAAAGCAAUGUUUAUAGAAAUAGAUGUCUUUUACCUCAAUGAAGGUCGUCUUCAUUAGUUCUAGAAAUGAACACUCUGAAGAGGGCCCUUGUAGAGGUUGAAAAUACUUUUUUCGAUAAAUAAUUCAUUAAAAUAUAUAUUAUUUAUUACUAUUCAUAGAUUACUCGAGUGAAAGGUUCCCCAACCCUGGUUUAGACACUUUUAUGGAUACAUUGACAUGCAUGGAGGACGUGGCCCAUGUGCAAUUAGGUUAAAUGUACAAAGUGUGCAGACACAAAUUGAAAACUUCCAGGUUUGACUGCAAUAUUUCGAAAAACUUACUCCUUAGUUUUGGUAAUAUUGAUGUGUCCUAGAGAAUAAAAUAAGUAUUCCUGGUUUUAUUUUUGCUCUUGGUGUCAAUGUAAUAGAUAUGUGAUAAUUAUUUUUCGUUUUUGGGUUAACCAGAACAAAAUACUUUGGAAACAAUUGUUUAUAUGGUAUAAGUACUUUCAUUUUGGAAUUAUAUUUAUUUACAUUUAUUAAACCAGAAUUGUAAGAAUUUCAAGUGCAACGAAGCAGCUGCAUUCGUCUGCAAUAUUUAGUAAACACAAUUUUAGCCACAGAUUAGUCUACCAAAUAAUAAUUGAUUUAUUAACGUGUAUAAUCGAGUCUAGCAUUGUGAAUACAUUUAAUAUAUUCAGUGACGGAUUUUAUCAUCUCAAAAAUUUGUGUCUCGAUUCCAAAGAUACGUCGAAUCCAAAGAUACAUCGAAUAUAUUAAAGAUAUUGAUCGUGUUUACACCAAUGGCAAGCACUCGAUUUAUUGUUGAUACCAUUGUUGAUCUUUUAAAAAAAUUAAAAAUAUAGUUCUAUUUAUACAAUACAGUUACGUUGUUAUUUCAUGAAUGUUAUUACAUUGCGUUUGUUUGUUUGUUUGUAAGGCCAUGUACACAUGGGUUAAAGCGAGCAACGAAUAAAAGCGAAACCAAUGUAAUUUCUCUGUGCGAAUUCAAACUUGUACACAAUG